UCUGUCUCUCUCGAUCUCUGGCUGCUUUAUAUUAUAUAUCAUCAUCUCCCGGUUCCUUGUACCUCCCCGACGGAUCGAAACCAUGAAUCCCGAGUACGACUAUCUUUUCAAGCUCCUGCUUAUCGGGGAUUCCGGCGUUGGCAAGUCUUGUCUACUUUUGAGAUUUUCUGAUGAUUCUUAUGUAGAAAGCUACAUUAGCACUAUUGGAGUCGAUUUCAAAAUCCGGACCGUGGAGCAAGAUGGGAAGACGAUUAAGCUCCAAAUCUGGGACACUGCUGGUCAAGAGCGGUUCAGGACUAUUACUAGCAGUUACUACCGUGGUGCUCAUGGAAUCAUUAUUGUCUACGACGUCACAGAUCAAGAAAGCUUCAAUAACGUGAAGCAAUGGUUGAGUGAAAUUGAUCGUUAUGCUAGUGACAAUGUCAACAAAAUCCUUGUUGGAAACAAGUCUGAUCUUGCUGAAAACAGAGCCGUUCCAUAUGAAACGGCCAAGGCAUUUGCUGAUGAAAUUGGAGUUCCUUUCAUGGAGACUAGUGCAAAAGAUGCUACAAACGUGGAACAGGCUUUCAUGGCAAUGUCUGCAUCCAUCAAAGAGAGAAUGGCAAGCCAACCAUCUGGGAACAACGCAAGACCGCCAACAGUGCAGAUUAGAGGUCAGCCUGUGGCCCAGAAGAACGGCUGUUGCUCAACUUGAUAAAAUUGACACCAGCCUAGCAAGAUCCUUUCCAAUCUUACUCCAUACCAUCCUUCUAGAAAAGUGUUCCUUCCUUUGACUAGACUCAAAUUCACUUGUACUUGGUUAUUACACAAGACACCCUCAAAUGUGUCUGUCUGUAAUUAAGAUCCUUCGGUUAUUAUUCUGCUUUAUCCGUUUCCUAUUUUCUGUACCUCAUCGUUGGCACUAACUCUGUCCACCAUUAUGGUUUUAUCAUUGCUGCCGUUUGGGGUUUUCUGUUGUA